UAUAAACCUCACGGCGGGAGGGGGGCGUCGCCAUUUUGUUUGUUUUAGGGCAACUGUACAGUGGGAGGAGUGAAAAAGGUACCCUAGAAACAGUUGCUAAAUACGGAAAGCUAAGAUAGGACCGCUCUUCGUACAGCGUCCCCCACCACCUCAGUGUGAGAAGGUGUAGGGACGAUGUUCUACGCUCACUUUGUCCUCAGCAAGCGUGGGCCGCUGGCCAAAAUCUGGUUGGCGGCCCACUGGGAUAAGAAGCUGACUAAGGCACACGUGUUCGAGUGCAAUCUGGAGAGCAGUGUGGAGAGCAUCAUCUCUCCAAAGGUAAAAAUGGCUCUUCGGACAUCUGGCCACUUACUCCUGGGCGUGGUGAGGAUCUACCACAGAAAAGCCAAGUACCUGCUGGCAGACUGUAAUGAGGCUUUUAUUAAGAUUAAAAUGGCCUUUCGCCCAGGUGUGGUUGACUUGCCUGAGGAAAACCGUGAAGCUGCCUACAAUGCCAUUACAUUACCUGAGGAAUUCCAUGACUUUGAUCAGCCUCUUCCAGAUCUAGAUGACAUUGAUGUUGCUCAGCAGUUCACCCUUAAUCAGUCCCGUGUGGAGGAGAUCACCAUGCGAGAAGAAGUGGGAAACUUAAGUUUACUGCAAGAGAAUGAUUUUGCUGAUUUUGGGAUGGAUGACCGAGAGAUGAUGCGAGAGGAAGGUGCAUUUGAGGUGGACAUUAUCCACGGGGCAUCUGCAUCUAACCUGCUGCUGGAAUCAGAGUCAAGUAGCGGACAGAUAGCUGACAAGUCCAAUCACCUGGAGUAUGACCAAUACAAGGACGAUUUUGGCGACAACCCAAUGGAGAGCAAUGAAGGAGGCAUGCUGGUGGACAAGCUCCUCAGUAAUGAGGAUGGAGGCGGUAUUUUCGACGACCCUUCAGCCAUUACUGAGGGUGUGAUGAUGCCCCAAGAACACGGUGGAGAUGAUGAGGAUGAUUUUGACAAUCUUUCACCAGCAGGAGGUCCAGACAGUCCAGAUUCUGGUCCUGUGGAGCAGCUUCCCACCAUGACAGACCAGACUGAACAGACCACCCUGGUCCAUAAUGAGGAGGAGGCUUUUGCUCUGGAGCCCAUUGACAUCACAGUGAAGGAGACCAAGGCAAAGAGGAAGAGGAAGCUGAUUGUGGACAGUGUGAAGGAGCUGGACAGUAAGACCAUUCGUGCUCAGUUGAGUGACUACUCUGACAUAGUCACCACUUUGGAUCUGGCUCCCCCCACAAAGAAGCUGAUGAUGUGGAAAGAAACAGGAGGAGUGGAGAAGCUCUUUUCUCUGCCAGCUCAGCCCCUCUGGAACAGCAGACUGCUGAAGAUGUUCACACGGUGCCUGACCCCUCUGGUGCCUGAUGAACUGAGGAAGAGGAGGAAGGGUGGAGAAGCAGAUAGCCUGGAUGAGUUCCUUAAAGACUUGGAGAACCCAGAGGUGCCACGAGAAGAGUCCCUGUCUCAGCAAAGAGAUAUCAUUGACCAGACCAUCUUGGAGGAACCCAGUGUGUUACAGGCCUCAGCCAUGGAGGGCAGUCGCACAACUCUUGAUGAGUCAGUCAUGCCUCCUCCUUCUGGACACCGCGGACAGAAGCGCAAAGCUCAGGACACAGAGCCUGCCUUGCCUAUGCUUGAGGAUGAUCGUUCCUCCAUUGUGUCCACACAGCACAUAAACAUGCAGCAGGUGGAGCUCCCUCCUGAGGACUCAGGCAACAUCUCACAGCUCAUCUCUGAGUUCGACCUCAUUGGAGAGAAGAGCAAAGACAAGAAGGAUGAUGAUGAGGAAGAGGAGGAGGAGGGUCAGAGUGGAGACCAGGAUCAGGAGGAGAGGAGAUGGAACAAGAGAACACAGCAAAUGCUGCAUGGAUUACAGAGGGUCAUUGCUAAGACUGGAGCUGAAUCAAUCAGCUUGCUGGAGCUGUGCAGAAACAACAACAAGAAACAAGCAGCUGCCAAGUUCUACAGCUUUCUAGUGCUAAAGAAACAGCAAGCUGUAGAGCUCAGGCAGGACGAGCCCUACAGCGACAUCAUCGCCACCCCUGGCCCCAGGUUUCACAUAUUAUAGACUCUUUAUAGUCAGCACUGCCAGGUAUUUGUUUUAUAUUAUGUGUUAUGUAAAUCUCUGCAUGUGCAUUGUUAUGCAUACUACAUGUGCUCUCUGUCUCACAUGCAACAAUAGACUUUUAUCAUGUCAAAAAAGUGGUUAUUACAGCAGUUUCUCGAUACAUGCAUGGACAUUGGACAUGUUUUUGAAAAUAUUAUUGAAGUCUUUAAAAAAGUAAAUGAUAACAAUUUUGUGUGUGGGGGUGGGGGUGUUAUGUGUAUGGAAGUGGUCAAAAAUGUUGGUAUGUUUUCAUAGGACAGUAAAAAAUCAUUGCAGUGAAAAUCCAUAGCUGUGGUGUGCUUUGAGGUGUGUUCUCUUAAGUCAUUCAGUUUUUCAGAUACUAUUUUAUAUUAUUUUAUAAGUAAGGUUGCAUCAUUUUGCAUGCUUUGAAUUACAUGUUGACACAUUCAACAAAUUCUUGUUUACUUUCAUGAAAGUGUUUGAUUUAUUGUUUUAAUUUAAAAGAGUGACAUUUUAGCUAUAUAUAUAUAUAUAUAUAUAUAUAUAUAUAUAUAUAUAUUUAAAAAUAUAUUGAAGUAUUUGUCUUAGAGAGUGUUAACCCAUUGUGUUUUUUUUUUUUUUUAAACAAAACUACUACUACUACUACUUCCUGAGCUUUAAUGUUUGUAAAGCUUCAAAUUUGCUUGUCUAAGCUGAUUGUUAUAUAUUGUGCUAUACAUUGGUUAUAAUAAUAUUGUGCCAUUUGUUGUAAAGAUAUUUUUUUUUUGCACAAGCAUCUCAUAGUGCAUUCUAUUUAAAAUGCUGUUAUAGAAAUGACAGUGCCCUGAAUGAUAUUUCACAUCUUAUAUGGUUAAUCAAUAAUCACAAUCUGUUACAGUGCAGUUCAGUCCUUUAUUUUAAAUGCCUUAUUAAUUUGUUUUAUUCAUUUUUAGAUUUUUAGAUGAAGUACACAACACUGUUAAUGAUAAAAGGUAUUAUCAUUUAAGUAUAUUUGAUCUACACAACAUCAGCUGUCAUUUGCUUGUAUCCCUAAUUAUUCAUACAACCGUGUUAUGUAAUUUUUGUAAUAAAACGUGAAUGAAUCCC